ACAUUUUAUUAUUACACAUCACUGUCAACAUACUAUUUGUUCGUAGGUCUCUUCUGUGUGCAUUUGUACACCUCUGUCAUUAAAUUCAUCCAUCCAACCACGCACCCCACACCAAAAUGAUGCAAAGAUGCAAUAGUUCUUGUGGGCAAUGUUCUUGUGGAUUGUAUCACAGUGCAAACAAUUCAUUCUCAAUGAUCUUUUCAUCCUCAAAUUCUAAACCAUUUGAUCAUGAUGGAGAUAUGUAUCCUGCUUCUUCUUCUGUGGAUUGCACCCUUUCUUUGGGCACUCCUUCGACUCGACUGACCAGUGAGAAUGAAAAGAAACGAUACUCUUGCAUGUCUAACUUUGGGUGGAACAUAUUGCAGUCCAAACCGCCAUCAACCGCUGGCAAAAACCGUGGUGGAAGUAAUAGCAACACCUGUUCCGGCGGUGGAGACCCUCUUUUAGCCCGCCGCUGUGCUAAUUGUGGCACCACUUCUACUCCCCUCUGGAGGAACGGUCCAAGGGGUCCGAAGUCUCUAUGCAAUGCUUGUGGGAUCCGUUUCAAGAAGGAAGAGAGAAGGGCCACUGAAGCCAAUAACGGCGGUGCCAAUGCUGUCAAUAACAGUUCAUGGGUUCAUCACCAAUCACAGCACCAGAAAAUGCCGUGUUUUUCUUCAUCAAAUUAUGCUAAUGAAUUUAGGUUCAUUGAAGAAAAUGAUCUUCAUGAAUCUGAAAAAGGCAUUCCAUUCCUCACUUGGCGAUUCAAUGUCACAGACAGGCCAAAUUUCGUUCAUGAUUUUACCAGAUAAAUUA